CGCGAGCGCACUGGUUUGGAUUCACUCCACUUUCUCAUCACUCACGGUGCAGCCGCGCGACCUGCUCCGUUCCGGACCGCGCGAGGACCAGAAACUGGACCAGAGUGGACCGGAGAAAUCCUGCGUUACUAGCAGCUUGAACUCUUUUUCCACUUUUUUUUUUUUUUAGAAAGUGUGUAGGGAGAGAAAAGGGUAAGAUUUUUUUUUUUUCCCCGUCCCGGUGCUCCGUCCACAUCCAGCACCUCCACCCUAACUCCCUCUUCAUCCCGCAGAGAGUGUGCCACCAGCGGAGGAUGCAGCUGCUUCCAUCCGGCCGCCGGUGACGCUUUCAGGGGUCCGUAAGUGAGUCCGGCCGUGCCUCCGGAGAGCGCUGGUCACGACUGACAGAAACUGAGAGAAACUGGAGGAAUAACUACAGCCGUGACUGGAUUGUUUGAUUCGCCUCUGAAUCCUUUUUUUUUUUUUUUUUGUUCGUUUAUUUAUUUUUCUUUUUUAAUAUCUAUCUAUAUAUAUUUUUUACUACAACCUUGUGGAUUCUUUAUGAUAAAACAAUUUUUGUCCUGGAGCGUCUGCGUCUGGAUACCGCGGAGGAGCGAGAGCCUGUAGCCGGCGUUGGAGCGCCCAGACCUGGGUCUUUAACUCGAUCCAGAUUGAUGUUGUCCGGCAGAGACAUGGUGAUCCUGAGGUGGGAGCUACUGUCCCUCUUGGCCGUCAUCCUGAUGGUCUCCUGCAAUGCUGUGCCUACAGAUAUUCUGUAUCGGGUUAAUGAGGAACAGCCACCCAACACGUUGAUUGGCAGCCUGGCGGCAGACCAAGGCCUUCCAGACACUGGACAUCUGUACAAGCUGGAGGUGGGCACCCCUUUCCUGAGGGUGGACGGCAAAACUGGGGACAUCUACACCACAGAGAUUCCUAUUGACCGUGAGACACUGAGAGACUGCCAAAGCCAGUUUGAUGACAAAUGCUACCUGGAAUUUGAAGUGUCCAUCACAGACAUGGUGAAAGGGAUUGGCUCAGGGCCACGGCUGAUCGAAGGUCGCAUUGAAGUGCUGGAUAUGAAUGACAACACGCCGCAGUUCUCUUCACCCAUCCUCUCCCUAGCAAUUCCAGAAAAUACACACAUUGGUGCACUCUUCUCCAUCCCAAUGGCCACAGACAAGGACUCUGGUUCCAACGGCGUGGCUGAGUACUCUCUGAGUUCCGGACCGGAUGCUGAUCAACUCUUCAGCCUGCAGGUCGCUUUGGACACGGACGAGAAACAGCCACAGCUGGUUGUCAUGGGUAACCUGGAUCGUGAGAAGAAAGACUCGUAUGAUCUGAAUAUUCGGGUUGUAGAUGGAGGUGAUCCACCAAGGGCGAGCAGCGCUUUACUGCGAGUCACUGUGACCGAUCAGAAUGACAAUGCGCCAAAGUUUGAGAGAAAUCACUACGAGGCCGAACUUCCAGAGAACAGCCCACUGGGACACUCCGUUUUGCAGGUUCGAGCCAAUGACGCAGACACUGGUGCCAAUGGAGAGAUAGAUUACAUCUUACAUCAAGCAUCCGAGACUGUCCAGAGGCUUCUGCGCAUUGACCGUUCCACUGGCAUCAUUUACGUCAAAGGCCUGGUAGACAGAGAAGAAACUAAUUUUCUCAAGUUCUUUGUGGUUGCCAGAGACCGUGGGCCUAAUUCCAAGAGUUCCAAAGUCCUAGUGACCAUCAUUGUCAAGGACCAAAAUGACAACGCACCAGCAAUAGAGAUUCGUGGUAUUGGGUUGGUCACUCACCAGGACAGUGUGGCAAACAUCUCUGAGGACAUGCCGAUUGGUACCCCAGUAGCACUAGUCCAAGUGUCUGACCGUGACGAGGGAGAAAACGCUGUGGUGACAUGUGUGGUUGCAGGUGACGUCCCUUUUCAACUCCGACCUGCUAGCGAGUCAGCCAAUGAUCGAAAGAGAAAAUACUUCCUGCAGACAACUACUCUGCUGGACUAUGAACGUAUUAAAGAUUACCGAAUUGAAAUAGUUGCUGUGGAUUCCGGUAACCCAGCUCUGUCAAGCACCAAUUCUCUUAAGGUCCAGGUCACAGACGUGAAUGAUAACACACCAACAUUUUCUCCAGCUUUGCUUGAAGUGUUCUUUCCUGAGGGCAACCAGCCAGGUGACAGAGUGCUAGAUAUUUUGGCCACAGAUGCAGAUAGUGGUAUAAAUGCAGAGAUGAUUUAUAGCAUCAUUGAGUCCUCUGCUAACAGGCUUUUUGAGGUCGAUGCCAACACGGGAGAGGUUCGUGUGAAAAACACACUGGAUCGAGAGGAAGUUGAGCGCUAUGAGUUCCAUAUCGCUGCAGCCGACAAAGGCCUUCCGAGUAAAACUGGAACUGCUACAGUGGUUAUAAAUGUUCUAGACCGCAAUGACAAUGAACCCAAAUUCAUGUUAAACGGAUACAGUUUUUCUGUAAUUGAAAACAUGCUCCCACUAAAUCCUGUUGGUGUAGUGACUGUGACUGAUGCUGAUAAGGGGGAGAACUCAAGAGUGACACUGUUUGUAGAACCAGAUAACGGCAAGUUUGUGAUUCAAAAUGGAACGGGAACGAUCCUGUCGAGCAUUUCUUUUGACCGUGAAAAGGAAAGCACCUACACCUUUCGUCUGAAGGCUGUGGAUGGUGGUGAACCACCUCGGUCUUCCUACGUUGGUGUGACCAUCAAUGUCCUGGAUGAGAAUGAUAAUGCCCCCUAUGUCACCAAACCAUCCAACUCCUCCUACACUUAUCUGACACCUGUCACACCUCCAGAAACAAGAGUGGAAGUUGUUGAGGCUGAGGACAUUGAUGCCGGGCUCAAUGCAGAGCUGUAUUAUUCAAUCACUGGAGGAAACCCUUAUGGCCUUUUUCAAAUCUCAUCCACCAGUGGGGAAAUCACACUGGCACAAGCAUUCUCUGGCAAGCACAAUGGGCUUCACCGACUUGUCGUGAAGGUCAGUGAUCAAGGCAAACCUGCUCGAUACACCACAGCCUUAGUUCACGUGUUUGUAAAUGAAACCAAAUCUAAUGUGUCCCUCAUUGAGGCACUUGUGGGUCACAGUCUUUACACACCUCUGGACAGAGACAUAGCAGGAGACCCUAACUAUGCCUACAGUCAGCAAACCAACAUUUUAUAUGCUGUCCUUGCAGGUGUUGCUGUUGUUAUUUUGGUCAUUGUAGCUGUGGUGGUCAUCAGACACCAUCUGCAGAAAGAUACUAAAAGCGGUUACCAAGCUGGCAAAAAGGAGAGCAAAGAUCUUUAUGCUCCCAAGCAGGGACCCAAAAAUGGCAAAGGAAAAAAGAGCAAAAAACCCAGAGCUCCAAAACCCACCAAACCACUGGAAGAGGAUGAGGAGGCGAGUUUGCAGAAAGGUCUGAAGUUCAACCUUAUUAAUGACGUUAAUGACAGUCCCAGAAUCCAUCUGCCCCUUAACUAUCCACCAGGAAGCCCCGACCUGGGCCGUCACUAUAGGUCCAACUCUCCUUUGCCAUCUAUCCAGCUGCAACCACAGUCACCCUCUGCCUCCAAGAAACACCAGGCUGUUCAGGACCUCCCUGCAACCAACACCUUCGUAGGGACGGGCGACAACAACUCCACGGGCUCGGAUCAAUAUUCGGAUUACAGCUACAAGGCCAACCCACCCAAAUACAACAACAAACAGCUGCCCCACCGCCGAGUAACCUUCUCCACCUCCAACCAGGCCCAGGAUCUGCAGGAUGCAUCCCAGCACAGCUACUACGACAGUGGCCUGGAGGAGUCAGAGACCCCAAGCUCCAAGUCAUCAUCGGGCCCCAGGAUCGGACCACUAGCUCUGCCAGAAGACCACUACGAGAGGACCACACCUGAUGGCAGCAUCGGCGAGAUGGAACACCCGGAGAACGACCUCAGGCCCCUUCCAGACGUGGCAAUGACCGGUAACUGCACCCGUGAGUGCACCGAGUUUGGCCACUCUGACUCCUGCUGGAUGCCUGGCCAGUCUUCCCCCAACCGUAAGGUCUCCAAGAACGCCCCCAAGCUCUCCACCUUCGUGCCUUACCAGGAAAUGGACGGACAGGAGCACCUGAUGGCCAACGGCAGCCCGAAGCCCAUGGUGACGGAGGAACGUGGGACGGGUGGUGGCGCUGGUGGCAGCAGCUCCAAAGUGGCCAGCAUGAGGUUCAUGACCCCAUACAGCAGUGCCUACCCUGGGAGCGGAGACUCAUCUGGCAAAGACUGUGGCCUCGAGGAGAUCCCACUGAGCCAGGCAGCGGAGUACCACUCUGCCACCACCCCCACUGGCCAGACCUCCAAGAGAGAGAUCUACCUGUGAGGGUCAAGCUCUCAACUUUAAAUCCCCAAUGAUCCACGAUGCCGCUCAUCGCCUCACCUCCCACCUCCUCACAGCCACCCCCUGUGCCUACAACUCGCUGUGCCGCAGCACGACUCACCCUUCUUCCUUUUUACAACUGCAUCACCGAACAAGGCUUUAGAACACCCCGCCCCGUCUUACUGCCGCCACCGCUGAUACUCCCCUCUAGAAACCAAUCAAAUGUAAGAAUAGACAAACGAAAAUGGAAGAAAAUUCAGUUUUAGCUGCUGUGGAUGGAAUGUAAACUAUGCCACAUGGUUGUGAUGAUUUCAUGGGAAACUAUUUAGCUCUUCGCGUAUUUGAGUUAGAUUUUUGUGUGUGGCAUUACGCAUUGUUGCUGUGUCGGAACAGAAAAAGAACUAGAACUUCAUGGGGGCUAUGGAAGAACUUCUUGUAAAUCGUACUUAAGUAUACUGUGUAAUCUUAUCUAUCCUCAACUUUUUUAUUUUAUUUACUUUGUCUUUGUUGACUUCGGAGGCCGUAGGAAUCACAUUUUCUAGUCAAGUUGAAUUCAAUAACGGAAACAGCUCAUUGAAAAGACGUUUGCAGAAACGCAGCUGUUUCACAAUCACCGGAGUUGUAUCUUAGUUUUUCGGCAGAACAGAUCCUUUUUUUAGUGUACAGAGCUGUAAAUAUUACAAACAGUGACAGAGGAAACUGCUGUGGCUCUCAGUGUGGAUCUGUGGCUGUUGUGCUGUCUGCAGAUCUUCACGUAUCGUCCCUUUGAUGAACUGAAAAUCUGGGCACACACAGGGUAACAACAUCACAGCAUUCAGUGUCACACUGCAGGAAUCUGGACUCUUGAGCAUCACCGACGGUGCCAAGUUACAAACACAAGACUUUUUAUUGUUUGAGUGUCUCAGUUUUUUUUUUUUUGUUUGUUUUUUUUAUCUCUGCAGCUUCUCAACACUGCUUCUGCGGGGAAGUACAUCUUUUAUUUUUUAUCAAAAGGAAGCUGAACCUCAUGUUGUUCUCAGUAGUUGACCAUAUUAUGAUAAUUGUUAUAAUGGACUUGUUUAACAGUUAAAUAUAAAUACACAAUCUUCAACAUGUGUUACAUUCCCAUUUUAUGUUUACUGAUGAGAACCUAAAAAAGGUUUUGGGAUAGAAAGUUCUGUUGCCAUCAAAACACAAUGUUCAUGUUUAAGAAGAAAGAACGACAAUACAGAAAUUGUAAAAAUUAUUACAGCCUUCUUUGGUUCUAUGGGUUUUAUUCUUGAGGAUGUAUUAAAAAGUAUCUGGUCUUUAUAGGUUCUAAAAUUAUUUAAAUUUAAACCUCGAAUUAAGGAAUACCCACAACAAACUCCACAUUAUUUAUAAUUAUUUAUAAUCAUACAUUUUGAUUUUCUCAAGGUAUAAAAUUCCAAAAUGGAAGCCAUUUGUGGUUAAACCCAACUUUGUUACAAUUGAGCUGCAGGAAAUAUGCUGGGUCUUGGCAUUUUCUUCAUUUCUUAUAACUAUAAUUAAAAGUUGAAAUGUCCCAUUGUAAAUGAAUUGAAUAAAACAAAAAAAAUCAUAAAGGUCCAUCCUCUACGGAGCAGAUGUGAAGUCGAAAAUCAUCACUGCAUAUCAUCACCCCAAUACUGGUUACACAGCAUUGGGGUAAGAAAACACAGAUUUUCAGUCAAACUUCAAUGAUUACCAAGUUAUGUUCCAGUUUUGGUACAAACACAAACAAACAAGAAACACACACAAAAAGAAAAAGCUGAGUAUUUAUCAGAAAGUCCAGCUGGUCUCAGAUGGUUGCGCAAACAUCAGUCGUGAAGCUCCUGCAGCUAGAAUAUGUUAACCACAGUGUUCAUGAAGACUGUUUUGUUUGUUUCUGAAGCAGCUGUUUCCUGUUGAUACUGUCCACUGCAGCUGUUCUCACUCCUGAGUGUUUGACUUUAGAGAACGUCUCCCUGCUGUGUUUGUUAACUCGAAAGAAGAGCCCUUGGGUCAUUGUCGCCGCUCGUUAGUUUCCAAUUCUUUCCCACCUCUGCGUGAGGCCGAGUUGCUCCAUGUUUAGCAGGAGUAUUUAUUAAGCCAGUUUGCUGUGUGAGGUGGGCGGGGGGGCAGCUGGGGAAUGUGGCAGACAGUUGUUGUUGUGCUCCGGCCACACAGAAAUGCAGGAUUAAUGACAUCUGAAUGGGCUUUCGUCCACUAACACUUCCACUCCCCCACACAUGGAGCUCCGCAGAGAAUGUCUAAUUACAACCUGAGGCUCUGCAUAUGACCAGUGAUAAUUUGCGUGAGGAAAAGGGAGUUGAUGUGGAGGUUCAGUCAUUUCAGGUCUUAUUCUCAUGGCUGCUGAAAAUAAUGUGAGAUUUCACCUGAACUGAUGGAGACUAGCAGAAGAGGAUGGAAAGAGGAUAUUGAUUAGCCUGCUCUCUGAGAUAGUUUAGCUUUUAAUAUUAAAUAUACUGAGUCAAGUGCUGACAUUUUCAAAGUAUUUUCUUUUGCAGACACAAAUAAAAGUAAAUAAAAACAUUUGAAUCUUAGAAAAAUCUUAAGAGUUUAAAGCUAAUGAACAUCUAAAUCUGCAAAAAAAGAAGUGAAUUUGCUUCACUUUACUGUAUACACCAUUUCCUUAAAGAAAAACACAAGAUCAGCCAAUAAAAAAGAAUGCAAAAGCAUUUCUAACUUCAAAAACAUCUCGCUUAUUUAAAAACCUCCAUCAAAGUUAAAAACUGAGGACGGUAUCCACUCUUUAUCGAGAGGGCAGCAGGCCUGAUAUUGUGGUCCUCGAUGUCCAGUGUGCAUCUGGGCAGCUGAUUAUUGACCUGAGCUGAUAAUUAUUCCACAGUGCACAACUGCUUACACCUCACGCAGUGUGUCCAACACAAAGGCGGCAUUGUUUCUGACUAAAACAUGUUAUAUUUUUAGACUCGUCAAAGUACCUGCUGCAUCUCAUUGUGUUAGACUCCAAUUGCGAUCCCCAGGACUGGUUAUAGUUGCUAUUUAAUACAUUUAAAAUGCACAAUCAUGCAUUUUGUACCAUUUAAGUUAAACAUGCCUGUUUAUCAUAUCCACAAGGUGAGAUCAAUGUCUUUCUCAAGUGAACAGGAGUGUAACUGACUCAUUAGUUUGGUUUCUUUGCACUCAGCACUUCUAGCCUUCACAGUCAGAGCACCACACCAAAGCAAUAUAAACAAGCUGAAAGUCUUUGGAAGUAAACUGAUUACAAAUUAGGGUCAUCAGCUGGGUCAGGCAGGGUUAAUGUCUCAUUUCAUGAGGCAAACAGCUUGAUGGAGCAUCUUAGAUUGCUUCUCUCUAACUCUGUGUUUUUAUCUCCAAUGUACAAUCAUCCGUUACAUAUCAGACAGCUAAUUGCUUUGUGGUGUGUUUUAUAUUUGGUUCAACUUGAGGUAAAGCUUGACGUGUGGGCUCUUCUGCAGUUGUUCUCAUGAUUCAGCCUCUGAAUAAAGUUUGAUUUAUUCUCGACAUAUCUGCCCGUUCAGUAAAUAUGCUCAUACAACGACACACAUACAUCAACAGUCAUUCAGCUGCCGCUCAGUCCUACCCGCAGAAGAGAUUUAGAGCUCAUGAGUGCUGCAUGCGCCUGUGGUGAUUUAACGCCUGAGCUCAACGGUCUGAUUGAUUAUUUACAGGCAUAUCGUGGCGGUCCACCUUCAGUCUCUGUCUUCCUGCUCCUCUGCUACGUCCAUCGGCUGCUUGGGUGCGUGGUCAGAGUCCCAGUUGGCCUGUGUUGUGCUGAGUGCGGUGUGUGGUGUAAGGAUGCAGAGAAAGGUCUAGAGGUCUUGUAGCAUCAGCUUAGCCUCAACCUUUUGGCACCAAUUAACCCUUGAAGAAAACAACAACCCUCUGGUAACCUCUGGCAAUCUUUGGUGAACUCUGCAACGUUAGUUUUACGUCAAGAGCAAACAGUGCUUUGGUGUUUGUGCACACACUCACUAAGAGAUUAGUUUGCUUAUUAUAGACAUGAAUAGGUUUAAGUUCUUAAACCACUUUUUAGUGCAGAUAAGCUUAAUUAAGCCUAGAUGAAAGAUUUGGGUUGGGACUCAUUGAGCUCUUCCAAACUGGUAGACUGAAGUUAGUUUCCUCCUCUAUGUACAUUACAUUUGCAUUAUUAACAAUUCAAUCGGUCUGAUUGGCAUCAUCAAAAGGAUUGAUCCAAUCAGUCUUCCUCCUAGUUUUUCAAUUCAUAAAAGAUUGGACAUGAGUGAGCUAAAACACAAAUAACACAAUAUCAUGAUGGAAAAACAGUCCUGUCAUGAAGGAAGGCAUUGCUAUUUUAGCUCACAGUAAAGAUACAUAUUACUCCCUAAUUUGUCAGUUAAAGCAUAGUUGUUUAAUUUCUUGUGACAAAAAUACUUACAGUAAAGUUUGCUCAUGAAAUGUAGAUAAAGCCUAAUGUCAAGAAAUAUUUUGUUACAGCUCAUGGAUAAUGUGAUCAAUAUUUGUUUACCAAAAAAUUGUGCAAACACAGCAAAGGCAACAAAGAAGUGAUUCUCAUAAAAACAGAAGGCAACAAAAAACAAAUGUCACACACACACAAAAAAAAAGUCAAAUAAAACUAAACAUGGAAAAAAUGACCUCAAGUGAUCUGAACUGUGUAGGCCACAUAGUGGUCACAUUUUUUAGGAACAAGGUAAAAGGCAGUUGUGUUAAUUAUAAUGAGGAUAAACUGGGCAAGUUUAUUUGUCUAGGGCAUUUCAGCAAUAGGACAAAUCAAAGCCCUUUAGAUAAAUAAGAAUCAAUGUCAAACAAUCAAAAACACUAUUACAAUGCAGUGCUGUAAUAAAGAAAAUAAUGACAAGGUGGAAUUCAGAUUAAAAUGAAUGAUGUUCCAGCCUUUCAAAGGUAGCUCUAAAUAGACGAAACAAAAAGUAAAAAUGACCUUCAUAAACAUUUAAUUCAAACUGGUAUGACUGUGCAGUCAGACUGUCAGAUUUAAUAAAACCAAGUAAAGAGGAACAGCUACCGUGCUGAGAAUAUAGCUAUUUGUUUCUUUUCGUGACUUUGAUUCACAUUUCUUCUUCUGUUUUUUAUCCUGUAUGACUGCAGCAGGAGCCCUUAGCUGUGUCUUGAGAACACUACACAGAUGUUUCGACAAUUUGGCAAAAGAAAAAAAUGAAAUCAUAGAAGAAAUUCGACUAGACAGAACUUCAAAAUCAAGAGUAAAAGGAAAAAGAAAGUGUUUUGGGUGAUAUUUCACUCAGAAACAUGUAUCAAGUACGGAGAAUAAUAAUAUAAAAAAGAAACUUUAUACCCAGCAUAUGCAGUAACAGUCAAAUAUUUAGACAAGGUAAUGAAAAAAGUAAACCGGUGUCCAAACGCUUUGACUGCUACCGCGUUUCUGUGGCCAUUUGAAGGAUCCAAAGUGUCAGCAAACAUUUCCUGCUCCCUGGAGGAAAACCUAAACCCCCCGUCACAGCCUCCAGCCUCCCGACCUACCUGACAGCCCCCAGGAGACCUACUGUCACACACUUUGACAGUCUCUGUGGGGGUGUGUGUGGGUGUGUAGGGGUGCUCAGGAAGAAGGAUGGGAGCUGGUCGCUUUGCAUGAACAUUUCAUAUCCACUUCGCAGUGACAGAAAUUGAUAUUUCUGACAUUUCCUCUGUGUUGAAAUUCAGAUACUCUGUUUGCCGAAAUAUUCAGGUGGACUUGGGAUAUGCACCAACUCAUAUCAAAUCAGAGAAAAUAAUCUCUUUGGAGCUCUUCAUUCAAGGUGGAAAAACAAUUUGUAAAAGUAACAAGUACCCUCAGUCAGACCUGACAAUAAAAUGUACCAUUAUACACACUAUUAUCUAUCAUUUACUACAGUUAAUUUAUAUUAAAAACAAAUUCAGUGUGUGCUUCUUCUCAAACCAAGCUGCAGCUCUUAUUGCAAAAUAGCAUUACAAUCCUCCUAUUUUACUCUUAAUUCAGUAUUAACUGAAAUGUAUUGCUGAUUCUUUCAACAAGUAUGACAUAAAUGCAUAAAUAUUUUGUGAAAAUCCUUUCUUAUUUCAUUUUUUAAAGCUUUAGACAUCUAAAAUUGUACAAAAACCACUGGAUAAAAUACAAUUGUGGGUAUUUUGCACAGUUUUCUAAAAGAAAAGAUUUCUUAUGACUCUGGGCAUCAGACAUCAACUGGGUUUUUUCCCCCUUGUAUUUUUAAGGUUCAGGAGAUAUAAUUCUGAUUAUUCAGCCGUUCUGUUUGUAUCUUUACCAAACUAAUUCUCCUUACGUCAUAUUUUGGGUCAUGUAAAGAUAAUUUUUCUCACCUUCCGAGUCGAUUAUUACACUUUUCAUCUCUACCCUGUCAGCCGGUGUUGUUAUGGAUCUGUUGGUGACGUUUCUGACGCAGUAAAUUCAAUGUUUUCUCUCCCAGCUGUCUGAGAUUCAGUUGGGAGCCAGUUGAUUUUCCUCGUUCCAUUCGCGAUUUGUAUAAAUGGGACGUUUGCUCCGCUGAACAUGUUAGACACAGGAAAAAAACACUUCAUGAUUAAUGCACAGAAAUUGCAUUGAUUUUUUUAUUUUUUCAUCAGGAGAAAAAGUCCUGGAUAAUGGCUUAAUAUUUGCAUUGCUUUUACUAAACUUCCAUUUAGUCAGCAGAAGUUUUACUUGUGAAUCAACAAACGUCUUAGCAGAUUGAAGAAGGGUGACGAGCAACAGAAGGUUUACCAACUGACAGAGGAGCAAUGCAAUUGAACAUUUAAAUGUGACGAUGCCUCUGAGCAGUUAAACAAUAAUUAUACAAAAUAUUUAAUCUAUUAAAGAACAUAAAUACAAAGGAUGUAUUCCAAUGAAAAUAGUCAUGUGAAAAUACUUUUUUUUUCUUUUUUUGCAAAUUUGUGACAAUAAGUCUGAAAAGGCCUUUCCAUCCAUUAAUCCAUCACCUUCCGCUUAAUCCGAGGUUGAGUCAUGGAGGCAGCAGUUUAAGAAUAAAGGCCCAGACUUCCAUUUCUCCAGCCACUUGGGAACAGAGGGGAUCCCAAGGCAUUCGCAAGCCAACAUAGUCCCUCCAAUGUCUGGACAUUCCUCUAGGUGUCUGUGGGACGUGCCUGGAAAUCCUGACCAAGGAGUCAACCAGAUGCCCCGACCAGACGCCUGAGCCACCUCUACUGGCUCCUCUCAGUGAGAAGGAACAGCGACUGUACUUUAAAACUCUCUAAUUGAUUGAGGUUCCUCUUCCUUCCUCUAAGGGACAACCCAGACACCCUCAGACUGAAAAUCUUUUCAGGCGCUUUUAUCUGCUGGACAGAAUAGUUUUAUAUUACUUAAAACAGGUUAUUAUUUGUGAAAGAGUAGAUUCAUUAAACUCUCAGCCUGUGAUGUUUUUGUAAACCUUAAACAUGUAUCAUUACAACACAUUUAAAUUUCCAGCCACUCUGGUUCCUCAAAGUACAUUUUGUACUAGGUACUCAAAAUGCUUUUUUUACUUUGAACACACUUUUGUGUAACAAAGAAGAAUUAAAAACAUUCUUCUCAAAAUGAAUACUUGCUUUGAAUACCUACAAUAUAUUUUGAUAGAUGCCUUUCUUAUUUCAUAUCAGAAACAUGUUAGCUGAAUGAAAACCAAACCUAAAUCUAAUAGGAGUAUGCAUCAUUUUUGUCUCAAUUGUACUUCUUACCAGCCUUUCCUUGCAAUAGAUUGAAAUGGAUUGGAGAAAAUUACUUCAAUGUAUCGAUUGUUAAAGUGUGUACAGAAAAUGAGAAAUUUGGGUAUGAAAAACACAAACUACAGAAAUUCAGGAAGGCAAAGAAAUGAAAUCAAAACUACUGACACUGUAAACAAAAAUAUUCUCAAACUGUCAUGUAAUUUCUUUUCCCACUUAAUAAAUAGCUGUUCAGUUUUUGUUAAUCCUUUGGUUUCCUUAUGAUAAAUUGUUGCAAUGCAAAAAUGUGCGCUCUGCAGUUUUAUAGUUGUGCAAUUAUUUGUGUAAUUGAGUGAUAAUAACACAGCGAAGCAACGUCAUCAUAUAUUUAUUUACAUGUAAAGGAGCGAACUGAGAUCUGAUCGCUCACAUUUUAAAGCCAAAAUAAAUCCUUCACACGAUCAAAAAUAAGAUGAACAAUAACAAACAAUUCAUUCAAGUUAAUGCGACACAUGUUGUGUUAUUGUCUUGCCACAUAUUGCCUCUGGUACUGUUUAGUUCACCGUGAUUUGCCUCCAUUUCUAAGGAAGACUUUAUUUUACAAGGUGAAAUAUACCUUUUAUCGUAAGCAACAUAUAAUGUGCAGUCAAACUAACUAUGAUUGAGAUGUAUUGGCUUCUUCCUUUGAUUUAAAAAUGGACUGAUCUGCUUGUUUUUUUUUUUCUUGUUUUCCGGGAUUACUUUACUUAUUACUUCUUUUUAGUUAAGUUAAAGUGUUUAGCAUUACAUAUGACCGUUUCUCUCUGAAAACCUUCUGCUUGCUCUGCUCUACAUAAUCCAUUGAACCCAAUUUUAACCUUUUAGAAUACAAAAAAGUUUUCAUUGGAUGUCAAGUAAAUUUUGUCCUUCUUAAGUCUUUUUAAGGUUUGAAAAGAACCUUUUCAUUAGUAGUGUUGCUCAGAUCUACAGCUUUGACGAGGUUGAAUUUUGUCAGUGCAAACGUCCAGUGAUGACUCAAAUGCAGCUCUACACAGAUCGCUCUACAUGAAUCUUGGAAUAAAGUUUGGUUUGCAGUUUUUGGGGAUUGUGUAUUAUACCAAAGCUGGAGUCUCUGGAAGUGAGACCUCAGCUGGAGCAUGAAGACAUGCCGACUUUAUAAAUAUGAUACAUUUCUGUUAUUGUCACAGUUGUUUAUCAAUGAUAUGGAAUCGACACUGUUAUAGACAUACAAUAUGGAAAUAAGUGAUUGUUUUUUUUUUUGUUUAACCUGAUGUGUGAAUGAUAAGUUGUUAUUCCCCCCCAGCUGCCCCCACCCACCCAAAGCGGGCAAGUUUGCUACCAGUUUUUCAUUUCUCAACUCAGCAUAAAUGAGUAACUAAAUUUGGAAGACAUGACAAAGACAGACUGGUUCAACCAGCUUAUUUUUGCCAUCCAGGACAUAGAACAGUCUAUCCAAAGUUUAUUCUCACAGACGUUGAAUUUAGUCAUAUAACAACUAAAACUCAGUUUUUACUGCAUUUCUGAGAAAUUGAAACAAACUUAUAGUGGUUCCGUCUGUAAGCAAAAAUAAAACUCAAACGAUAUAAAAAUAGAACUAUGUAAAGGCAGGGAUUUCACAGACCAACACAAUUUGUGCACAAUUUUGAAGACCAAUAAAAAGACAGAUGAUUUUUUUCACAAAUGAAAUCAUCUGAACACCAAGAAAAAGACAAAUAUUGUUAUUUAGAAAUAAGAUCACCUGUCUUUUUCACUGCUUUUCAAAAUUGUUCUCUAUCAUGUUGGUCUGAUAUAAAAUCCCAUUCUACCGGUUAAAUGUUUUGGCUCUAGCAUUACAAAAUAUGAAAAGAAGGAUUAAUACUUUUGCAAGGCACCCUGUAUAUGUGGUAUUGUUCCUAAAUAUUUGAGGUUAUAAUUUGCAAAUUUAAGAAAAACAGCAAAGUUGUCAUGUGAUUUCUAUGUGAUUUUAUGGAGCUCAGGGUGUGGCGCCCAGAUUUAUAUGUUACUACUAAGAAACUAAAAAUCUUCAUAAAAUUGGUCUUUGGCACAAAUUCCUUCAGUGAUUUAUUGGGUUUUAUGUCCAAAUUUGUAUAGAAAAACGCAAAUUUUGGUCUUAAUAGCAUGGAAAUUUUACAGUAUAGCAAAAAAAUAUAUUUUUUUUUCAAUUAGAAAAAAAAAGUGCAGAAAAGAAUAUUGAAUAAUUUUUGUCUUUACAUGAAGUCCACAUUUGUAACCUACAUGUUGGUUGGUUAUAUUUAUAUAGGGGAAAAAAAACUGCUAGUGAUGCCUUGUUUUUUUGUACAGUUUUAUGUACAUGCAAGUGUAGGUUUUUAAAAGAUGAAGAUGAGAAACUAUAUAUAUUCAAAACCGUGAAGGAAUCCAGAACCUGUAGGAAUAUAUCAUCUAAAGUACCGUAGGAUCUAUUGUAACGUAGGAGAGAGGAGUAAGGCUCAGAGCGGAGGAAGACAGCGUUCCUCCUCCUCCAAUCAUUCAUCCACUCCUAAUUUUUCCAUUUUCGUUCUGGAACAUUGUUACUUUUCUGAAACUGAUCUCUUGUUUUUGAUGUCUUUUGAUUUUCUUAGAGGACGUUUGGUGAUGUGUUUGAUCCUCAUCUGUUCUCUUUCUAUUGGCAUGUUUGAAUAAAAAAUGUGGUAUUUUAUUUUUGCUGAGCAAAUCAAAGAAAUAUCUUGUAAUUACUCCUUCCUUAUAGCUUUACAAUAAAAUCCAUUCAGUCGAAGAAA